AUGUCUGAGACUUUCCAAGAACUCGCUGAUAUUCCCAAGGACUUUGUCCGGGAGGGAACUCUCUUCAUCCGCCGUUGCACUAAGCCCGACAAGCGCGAGUUCAUCAAGAUCAGCCAGGCCGUUGGUAUGGGCUUCUUGGUCAUGGGUGCCAUUGGAUACUUUGUCAAGUUGAUCCACAUCCCCGUCAACCAGGUUCUGGUCGGUGGCGCAUAA